AUGGCUCUCAUGGGUAGAGACAUGGGCACCCGAGGCAGGCGAGAGGGUGCAAUCAUACUUGCAGCACUAUAUCGAGCCGUCACCCGCCAAUGUUGGUACGACCACGUAUGCUGUUGUCGGGCCUCAGUUAUCACUUGGCUCUGGUACUUCAACGCCUCAGGAAUUCCUAUCAUUGCGGUUUGCAUGAAGGCCUAUCCCAUGGAUAAUGCUGCCGAGGAUCAGGCACUGAGCACUGUCUGUUUGGCCUAUGGCGCCGCUCUGUUUUACAUUGCCCCUACCCAGCCUACGACAUACGCUCUCCUGAAGAGCUAUCUCCUGAAGAGCUAUCUCCUCCACGGACUCUAUACCGUCCCGCCUCCACCGAAUCCGCCACCAACCUCCCCAAACACCGUAUCGGCACCCGCCAUCGUCGGCUCCACCAAAGUCCCCUUUAACCACCGAGCCAACGUGCUUGACAGAGAUGCUGUCAUGGUACCCAGCGGAUGGGAUAGUUGGGGCAAGAUCAAUGUUUUGAGAGAUGGUUUCGACCCCGCACAGGUGGAGAAGAAUCGGAAAGUCAGCUUGGGCAGGUAUAUUGCCAAGUCUGCGGGUCAAGAGCCUGAAGAGGAUGGCGGAGAACCUCUCGAAGACUUCUGGCAGGCGCUUCUCCGCCCCUUGGACCCCCUACGGUAA